AUGGCCGAUCCCCAGCCAAUAACACUUUAUUCACAUACCAGAGCUCCGAACCCAUGGAAGGUAGCCUUGAUCCUAGAGGAGCUGGGGGUGCCGUAUCAAACCAAGUAUCUCGAAUUCCCGGAAACAAAGCAGGAGCCAUACUUGAGCCUCAACCCGAACGGAAAACUUCCCGCAAUUGAGGAUCCUAACCAUCAUGUUACGCUCUUUGAGAGCGGUGCGAUCAUUGAGUACCUGGUCGACCUAUACGACUCGAAAUCGAUUCUCACGCCUUCUUCACUACAAGACAAAUAUCGUGCGCGAUCAUGGCUGCACCUGCAAAUGUCGGCACAGGGCCCAUCCUGCGGAUACAAAUUACGGAUGGGUCAAGUUUACGACGCCAAAGAGCUCGUCGCUGCCAACGACUACUUGAGCAAGGAUAUUAAGAGGCUGAUGGGAGUUCUGGAUACCCACCUUAGGCAGAGCGGUGGUCCUUACCUUUUGGGACCCCAGGUCUCAUACGCAGAUCUGUGCUAUGUUCCUCUGUAUUCGAUGCUUCCAGUGUUUCUUCCAGACUAUGAUGUUGAGACUCAAAGUGACUUUCCUCAUUUUGCAGCUUGGUGGACGAAAGUGGUGGAAAGACCGGCGGUUACAAAAGUCAUGGAAACACGGGCGGCUCUAGCGAAAUCUUUGACUGGAGAUGAUGAGUAG